CUCUUCCAAUGGCGGAGCGGCUUGUUAGGUGUCGGUUGGAAGAUGGCGGACCGGCUCACGCAGCUGCAGGACGCUGUGAACUCGAAAUUCACCAGAGAUCCUUCGCACCCUCCAAACCCACACCUACUUCCAGCUAGAAGGAUAGUGACAGCAGAUGCAUGGGAGUACCACCAUCACCUUUAGCAGACCAGUUCUGUAAUGCCAUUGGUGUCUUACAGCAGUGUGCUCCACCUGCAUCAUUUACAAAUAUCCAGACUGCCAUAAACAAAGAUCAACCAUCCAACCCAACUGAAGAAUAUGCCCAGCUUUUUGCUGCACUGAUUGCACGGACUGCGAAAGAUAUUGAUGUAUUAGUCGACUCGCUACCAAGUGAAGAAUCAACAGCAGCAUUGCAGGCUGCAAGUUUACGUCAGCUGGAAGAGGAGAACCAUGAGGCUGCAGCACUACUGGAAGAAGUAGUUUGUCGGGGUGACCUGCUGUUGGAGAAGAUACAGAGUGCGCUAGCGGACAUUGCCCAGUCACAGCUUGGGACAAGAAGCAGUGGUCGCUCUCAGCCCAUGCCUGAAUCAUAGCAGCUGGAUGCAGCAUCCUACUCAGACUGAUGGUGUGAUCUACACUUUGUGCAAAGAUAAUUGCAACAUUUUUUCUUUUAUAGGAUGGCAGGUAGGGGAAAUGAAUACUGAUAAAAUUGCUAAGGCAUCCGCACCAAGGUUUAAAAUACAUUUUUAUUCCAGGAUGCUCAAAAAAACCAUUUUGGUUUUGAAAGUUAACCUAGAGAUACAGUUCAAAGUCAGUAAGUGUAUAGUGUGCCUUCCCCUUGUUCCCCCCAUUUUGGUCACCACUGUGAUUUUUCUUUAAAAUUCAAGGGCGUGUGUUGGCCUUUCAGUGAGUUAAGCUGCCCCAAUUAUUCUGGGCUCGGGGUUCUGGUUGAACUUGGAUGAACCCAGUAGUUUCACAGUGCGACGUACCAGAUGGUUUAUCUUCUUUUUAGUGACAAGGUGCUGUUCAUUGAGUAACCUCUGUCCGUGAAUUCUGAAACCGUAUCUGGGAAACAAAAUGCUAAAUAUCACGGAGACCACAGCUACCCUGAACUUUAAAACUGCCGUGUGAUUCUGGGGAGAGGGCGCUCACUAACUCACUGUCCCAAGUUCUUUGUGUCUAAUGGCCUUCCUGUCAUUCUGGGUUGGUGAGGCAGAGAGUGGGUAUAUAAGACUAAUGGUAACCCUAAGGACAAUCUACCACUGAGGAGAUGGAAGAUAGAAAGCCCUGCAUUCUGCAUCCUCACUGAAAACUACUGCUCCUGGUGGGACGUGUCACUCAGUCAGGUUGAAGAAGACCCAUGCAUGACUAAAACUGGUGACCUGAGCCCGUCUCAGGCUGCUCCAACACUCCUGUUCCAGCAGGAGCCACAUCUCACUCAGCUUCUGGCUGACUCCUCUGGUUGCAUGCCUUGUAUUUUGUUUAAAGUGAGCUUGUUGAUUUAGUUCUGAUUGGGGGAUGCUGUUUUGCUGUAAUUAGGUUGUGAAUGUAUAUUGGAUGGUAAUGUGCAGCUGUUUGGACUGUUGCUUCCUUCACCUUCCCACACUGUUGGCUCAUGGAAAAUUAGUUCCUGUUGGGUUACAUUACCCAGAUGAUGAAACUCCUAUAAUUCCGUGAUCACACUGUUGGAAGCAUUUGUGGCACAUUGACAUUUUGUUGAAAAGAAUUCAAGUUAAAUAUUAAAGAAAUUGUGCAAUAUG